AUGUUCGUCACGCUGACCGCGCUGCGCAUGUACAUUCCCCCAUCUGCUGUUUUCCUCUUGCGGCUGGAGGAGUUUCCGCCAGCCUGGAAGCAGGAGGAGAUGUGGCUGGUCAACGCGCUCUUCCGUGGCGCUCGUGGGUGGACGUGCCCCGCGGUCCCGCAGAAUUUGCGAGGCCUCGGCUUCCCCGCGGACAUGCCGAGCAUGGAGUCCGCUGCUCUGGGAGACUGGCCGUUUCUGAAGUCCAUCGUCAUUUGCGCCGUCUGCUGGAUCGGUGGCGUCUUCCUGUUUUUCCUGGCCGUCGUGUCCAGCGUCUUGAAAACUUGCUCCAGCGUCUUGGCCUUGCGGACAGGGCUCUAUGCAGCGCUGCCCUGGCUGUCCGAUGGUUGCGCGGCUGGCUGGGGCAGCGCGGCAGACGGCUGCGCCAUACUCUGGAGGCGCUGCCGCUUCCAGCGCGAGGGGGAGCCUUUCGACCUGCGGCUGAGCGGCGACCUGGCGGACCUGCCGGGCCUGGAGCCGGACACCCUCGCGGCGCUCCAGGCCCACGACCGCGUCCGGGAGACGUAUUGGCCAAGGUCAACACAAUCGCUCAAG